AUGGGUUUCCUCACCGCACGCAAGCUCGCCGCUAGAGCCGGCAAGGGCGUCGCCACCAAGCAAAUCGGCCUGUACGAGAACAUGGCCCGCUGGAUCGCCCGGGGCAUCCAGCUCAUCUUUGCCCUCAUUGUCGUGGGCAUGUACGGCCACCGCGUCGACGAGGACCGCCAGGACGGCCACUCCCAGUCCGCCGCCUGGAUGUACGCCACCGUCGUCGCGGCCGCGUCCUGCAUCACCUGCGUCGUCUAUUGCAUCCCCUUUGUCCCCGUGUACCGCCUCUGGGUCGUCGACGCCGUGCUCUCCCUCGGCUGGCUCGUUGUCUUUGGCGUCUUUGCCGGCAUCUUUCUCAAGCGCGAGAGCGGCACCGAGUACGAGGGCACCAGCGUCCGCCUCAUGAAGAUUGCCGUCUGGAUCGACCUGGUCAACGUCAUCCUCUGGAUGGCCACCACUGGCUGGGGCGUCUUCCGCACAUUCCUCAGCAAAAAGGCCAAGCACUUUGAGAACAAGAUUGACAACAAGCUUGACGCGCUGGAGGACCAGGCCAUGAGCAAGAUUUCGGAGAAACUGCCUCGCCGCAUGGAUCCCGCACACAUUGUCUAG